GCUUGCUUGGUGGUGCAGGCCGUGCAGACUGUUUCCUGUUGGUAGGCCGAUGUGUUCGUGCUAGCGUUUGAGAAAAUGAGCGUCGAAAUUAUUGUUGCAGGUGAUGGACUGGACUUGGAAAGAAAAUCGAAAGAAAACAGGAGUGUGGACGGGAACCAGUCAGCCGGAGAUGGACACAUGAUUAUGAAUGGAAUCUCCAAUGGAUAUACUGAGAAACAUGUUAAGAAAGAGCACAAAUCAGAGCAUAAAGAUAAACACAGAGAUAAAGACAAACAUAAGGAUAGGCAUAAGGAACAUAAAGACAAAGAGAAACACAAGGACAAAGACAAGCAGAGCUCAAGUGGAAAGGAGGACAAACAUCAUAGCAGCAGUAGUAGCAUUAAGGAUAAAGAGAGAGAGAAAGAAAAGAAGCAUAAAGAUGAAAAGAAAGACAAGGAGCGAGAGCACAAAAGUACUUCAUCCAGCAAAGACAAGGAGCACAAGAGCUCUAGUUCUAGCAAGGACAAGCAUAACAGCUGCAGCAGCAGUUUGAGUAAGGACAAGGAUAAACAUAGCAGCAGCAGUUCAAGCCACAAGCACAGUUCCAGCAGGGACAAGUACAGUAGUACAGGUUCCAGUCGGGACAAGGAAAAGCAUGGGUCUGGCUCCGACAGGGACAAGCACAGUAGUUCCAGCUCAGAUCGCAAGCAUAAGGACAAAUCAAAAGACAGAGACAGAAAUAAAGUUAAAUCUAAAGAGGGUGAGGGACAUCGGGAUAAAAAGGAUAAGAGUGAAAAAACAGCCAAGAUAAAGGUGGAGUUUGGAGAGGAAGACAAACACCAGCAUGUGUCAUCACAAUCAGUGGAAUUCAUUAAGGAGGAACCUAUGGAUUGCAGUGAGAGGCUUCAACCUUGUGUCAACAGUUUCCAUGAUCAGUCUCCCCUGAACAUCAAGUCAGAGACAUCCCGUAAUAUCAAGAGUGAAGAAGACACUGAGGAAGACAUUCCACUGGCAUCACGAUCAGGUAUAGAGAAAGUCAAGCGAGGAUGGGAGGAUUCAGAUGAGGAUGAUGUGCCCCUUAUGGCUAGGAAGAAAAUUAAGAAGGAGUCUAAGAAACGAAAAGAAGAGAGUGAUGAGGAGGAUUUCAGACCCAUGAAGAAGAAAAAGUCUACUAAAAAAGGGACUGUUAAUGAGGAGAUGACACCACAGAGUAGCCCAAAGAAGAAGAAGAAAGAGGAUGAACAACAGGAAGUUUGGAAAUGGUGGGAAGAAGAAAAGAAGGAUGGUGCCACAAAGUGGAACUUUUUGGAACACAAAGGUCCAGUAUUUGCACCACCUUAUGAGAGAUUACCGCCUGAUGUCAAGUUCUUCUAUGAUGGAAAGGAAAUGACAUUGUCUGAACUUGCGGAAGAGGUUGCAAGCUUCUAUGCCCAGAUGUUGAGCCAUGACUACACAACUAAGGAAGCAUUCAAUAAAAAUUUUUUCAAGGAUUGGCGGAAAGUUAUGACAGAGAAGGAGAAGGAAAAAAUAACUGAUCUUUCGAAGUGUAACUUCAAACAUAUGCAUAAAUACUUCGUAGCCAGGACAGAGGAGCGCAAGGCAAUGAGUAAAGAAGAAAAGAAGAAAAUCAAGGAACAGAAUGAAGAAAUAGUUAAGACAUAUGGAUUCUGUGUUAUUGAUGGACAUAAGGAACGUAUAGGUAACUUCAAAAUUGAACCACCGGGAUUAUUUCGAGGACGAGGGGAACAUCCCAAGAUGGGUAUGCUUAAGAGACGUGUGCAGCCUGAAGACGUCAUCAUUAACUGUAGUAAGGACUCAAAAAUUCCAAAACCACCUGAGGGACAUAAGUGGAAAGAAGUACGACAUGAUAAGAAUGUGACAUGGCUUGCAAGUUGGACAGAAAAUGUUCAAGGUCAGGUAAAAUAUGUUAUGUUGAAUCCAUCUUCGAAAUUAAAGGGUGAGAAGGACUGGCAGAAAUAUGAGACUGCACGUAAACUUGCAAAAUGCAUCGGAAAAAUCCGACAGGAGUAUCAAGAUGAUUUUAAAUCAAAGGAGAUGCGCAUCAGACAACGUGCUGUUGCACUUUACUUCAUUGAUAAGUUAGCGCUUCGAGCCGGCAAUGAAAAGGAUGAGGACCAAGCAGAUACUGUGGGCUGCUGUUCGCUUAGAGUUGAGCACAUCUCUUUGCAUGAACAGAAGGAUGGAAAAGAUUAUGUUGUGGUCUUUGAUUUCCUGGGUAAAGACUCCAUUCGCUAUUACAACGAAGUGUGUGUGGAGAAGCGUGUGUUUAAGAAUUUGCAACUUUUUAUGCAGAAUAAAUCAACUGGGGACGAUCUCUUUGAUAGACUCAAUACUACUGUCCUAAACAAACAUCUGAACGAACUAAUGGAAGGUUUAACUGCCAAGGUUUUCCGAACAUUCAAUGCCUCCAUCACUCUCCAAGAACAGCUAGAUAAAAUGACAGAUCCUAACUGCACACUUCAGGAGAAGAUACUAGUGUAUAAUCGUGCAAAUCGAGCUGUGGCAAUCUUGUGUAACCAUCAACGUGCAGUUCCUAAAACACAUGCCAAAUCUAUGGAGAAUCUGAAGGCAAAGAUCGAUGCCAAAAAAGAAAUGGUGCAAGAUGCAGAGAGGCAGUAUAAGGAUGCCAAGCAUGAGCACAAAAGAAAUGGUUCUGCUAAGAAUAAAAUUGACAUGGAGAAGCGCAAGAAGGCUCUAGAACGAUUACGGGAGCAGCUGGCCAAGUUAGAACUUCAAGCAACAGAUAGGGAGGAAAACAAGGAAAUUGCACUUAGUACCUCCAAACUGAAUUAUCUGGACCCACGGAUAUCUGUGGCAUGGUGCAAGAAGAAUAAUGUUCCCAUUGAGAAGAUCUACAACAAAACCCAACGAGACAAGUUCCGUUGGGCCAUUGACAUGGCUGGUCCUGAUUAUGUGUUUUAACGACCGUCUUGCUAGUUGGAAGUGUCGUGACUUGGAGGGAUUAUGUUCAUGACAUGUGUUAGGUACAUCAGAAGUUGUAACAUUUAUUUAACAAGCAGAGUUGGUUUUGCAGACCUGCCUGAUCUUUGCUUGCGGAAGGAAGAGAAGUGGCAUAGUGAUUUGGAGAGUUGCCUUGUGUGGAUAUGUUGUGACUAUAAGCUGCCAGUUCAUAAAAAUAAACCUUCAGAACCAUUUCAGUUCUAUAUUUUUUAUGGUGGGCAGUAUUGAAAUAUCUUUUGAGGCUCAUUUUUACUGGAUUUGAUGUGAGGCCCAAGUAUUGUUUGUGUAUAAGCUGUUAGUAAUGAACUGAUAUAUAGAGUGAUUUUAAUUUUAUUAGGUGGUAAAUUUCUGUACCACUUUUAAGUUGGUCUUGAGGUAAGAGACAUGGAGGUAAUCACGCUUUUUGUCUUAGGAGUGUAUAAAUUUAAUUCCAUGGCAUGUUUUAUCAUGAGAUAAAUUCACAACCAUAUUUUUAGCAGUAAAGUGAACUGUUCUGCUAGGCCAAAUACUGGACAUCAGUUUUAAUUUUUGUCCAGCCUUGCAUCUGAUAUUACUCAGUGGUUGUUUUAUGUAUAUAUAUGUUUCACCGAUUUUCAGAUGAUCGGUAAUAGGAACUUGUCAUUGUACCAUUUUUUCUUUGUUUUUUUGUUUGAGUUGCAAUAUCUUUUAAAAUUCUAUCUUCCAGAGUGGUUUAGAGCAGUGGUUCCCAAACUUUUUUUGGGCCACUGCCGCCUUGGUUCCAUAAACUCAUUCCCCAGUGUCCCCUGCCCUAACCUAUAAAAAGUAUUCUUUGAGAAUAGUGGUUUGCACAGCCACUAAGGAAGAUAAUAACAGUAAAGUAAGAUACCAGAUUCAGUGACUGCUUCACUGUUAGUAAAUUCUUAAUGCGAUGGAUGGGCUUGAUGAAGUGAUAACUACUUUCAGUCUCUGGUCUAAAGUUACUCCAGUUGUAAGUAAGUGAACAACAUACUUGGUGGGGGGGAGACCCACCUCCAGCACCUGCUGCCACCUUGCCUCUUAACCCUCCCCCCAGGUAAUCCCACUGCCCACUUUGGGAACCACUGGUGUAAAGCAUUGUCACGCAUUUUGAGCACAUUUAUAUAACAGAUGCAACCAAAGACUGCCACUGCAGUUGUUUCAAAAUCUGACCAAAAUGUGGAGUUACUGCAAUAUCUAUAUAUAUAUAUAUAUAUGUCAUUUACUAUAGGGCCGGGUUGGGAACUGCUGCAAUUUAAGUAUAACACUUGCCAAUCCAAUUGGUCCACCACAGCACAUUUUACCUUUGUCAGAACUCGUAUUCUGUACGUUACACGAAUAAAUGAUUUCAAGGAGUAAAUUUA